CUCCACCGUCACGAUAACGAUACCGCGCGAGGAAGCGUACCAGGAGCGGUACCAGAAGUGGUGCCUCGGCAUACCGCCGCGCUGUUCCGCGUACCGGAUCAAGAUCCGGACGGUGAACGAAACGACCACCAUCAUCAAGCAGCAGAUCGUGAAGAAGUGCUGCGUCGGCUACACGCUGUCCGAGGACGGGAUGCGCUGUGUGCCGGAGUGUAAGGCGGGUUGCCGGCACGGUCAGUGCGUCGAGCCGGAUUACUGCCGGUGCGAGCAGGGAUACGCAGGGAAAACGUGCAACAUCCAAUGUCCACCCAAUCUGUGGGGAUCGGAUUGCUCGCAGCGGUGCAAGUGCACGAACAACUCGACCUGUAACGCGGCCGACGGUAGCUGCUGGUGUCAGCGUGGCUUCAAGGGUCAGUACUGCGAGGAGACGUGCGCCAGCGACCGGUUCGGGCAGGACUGUGCCGAGCGCUGCCAGUGUCACAACGGUGGCAAGUGCGAUCACGUGUCGGGCGAAUGCUACUGUGCCGCAGGCUUCACCGGACCACUCUGCACCGAGAGCUGUCCUGCAGGGACGCAUGGAGCCCAGUGCCAGUCCAAGUGUCGCUGCCAGAACGGCGGGACGUGCGAUCCAGUGACGGGUGAGUGUAUCUGCCCGGCCGGUUACACCGGGACGGUAUGCGCGAACCGCUGCCAACCGGGUCGCUACGGGUUGAAGUGUGCGGAGCGGUGCGAGUGCUUUAAUGGAGCCGACUGUGACCGGGUGACGGGCCAGUGUAGCUGUGCGCCCGGCUUCAUGGGGUCCAAGUGUCUCGAUUCUUGCCCGCACAAUCGGUACGGUAUCGAUUGUAGCGAAACGUGCCGCUGCCAGAACGGGGCCACCUGUGACACGUCGGAUGGGCGGUGCACGUGUGCGGACGGGUGGACCGGGGCGGACUGUGGUCAGCGGCUGUGUCCAGCGAAACGAUUCGGCGCCAACUGCACCGAGCAGUGCGAGUGCGAAUGGAACAACACGAAAAUGUGCCACCCGUGGACCGGAAAGUGCCUGUGUCAGCCGGGCUGGAGCAACAGUGCCUGCGAUCGGCCGUGCCGCUUCCUGCGCUACGGCCAGGACUGCCAGCUGCCGUGCAAGUGCAAGAACUCGUCGCCCUGUUCGCACAUCGAUGGAACGUGUCUGUGUAUAUCCGGGUUCAAGGGAGACAACUGUGAGGAACCGUGCUCCAACAACACGUACGGUCAGAACUGCAGCGAACGGUGCCAGUGCAUGAACGGGGCCACGUGCGAGGGCGACUCGGGCAAGUGCUUUUGUGCGGCCGGCUGGCAGGGCAUCAAGUGUGACCGGCCGUGUGACGCGCAGCACUUUGGGGCCGACUGCCGGGAGCAGUGUCGGUGCGGGAACGCUGGCGUCUGCAAUCCGGUCAAUGGGCAGUGCAGUUGCCCGGCCGGCUGGACCGGGGAGCUGUGCGAGCAAAAGUGCUCGUCCGGUCGGUUCGGCCAGAACUGUGGCCAGGUGUGCGAUUGCCACUUGGAGAACACGCUGGUCUGCAAUGCGACCACCGGCCGGUGUAUCUGCAAAGCGGAUUGGGGUGGUAUUCGGUGCGAGAGUCGCUGUCCGCUCGGUUACUACGGUGAGAACUGCAACGAAAUCUGUACCUGUCACAACAAUUCGUCCUGCGAUCCGACCACCGGUGACUGUAUCUGUUCGCGUGGAUGGACCGGUCCGACCUGCAGUGAUCCGUGUCCGGCCGGCUUCUUUGGUCACGGGUGUCUCGAGAAGUGUCCCGGGGCGAGCGACAGUGGCAGUAGCUCGAAGAGCAACCGAACGUGCAAUCCCAUCACGGGCAAGUACAGCUGUCCGCCCGGGUACAUUGGGCCAACGUGCGAGCAUCCGUGCUCGUCCGGGUUCUUCGGACAGGACUGCCUGCAGACGUGUAGCUGCAAGAAUGGUGGCGAAUGUUCGCACGUCACCGGCAAGUGCCAGUGUCCGCCCGGCUGGACCGGGACGCGGUGCGAGAAGGCGUGCGAGGACAUGUUCUACGGGACGAACUGUAGUCAGCGCUGCAACUGCCACAACAAUGCCAAGUGCCGGAAGAACGAUGGAAACUGUAACUGCGAGGCCGGCUGGAUGGGCCACCGGUGCGAUGAGGUGUGCCCGGACGGGUUCUACGGCAAUCACUGCAUGAAGACGUGCGAGUGUCCGCCCGGCAACUUUGUGUGCCACGCGGCCAAAGGAUGCGUCUGUUCGACGGGCUACACCGGGAAGAACUGUGACGAGCGGAUGACGAACCGGUUCGUGCAGGAGCGCGUCGAUGAAGCCGGCAAUAUUGGCACGCUUUGGACGAUCGUACUGAUGGUGCUGUUUGCGACCGUAGUCCUGAUCCUGAUGCUGUACUACCGCCGGCGGGUAGCGAAUCUGCGGGCGGAGGUCAAUCAUGUCGUCAACUACAUGACCCAGGAGCAACCGAGUCACUUUGACAAUCCGGUCUACGCACGCACCGGUUCGGGCCCGUCGGGCCCAAAUGGAAGCUGCCUGACGGCGGUGCCGCCGCUCGACGCACGUACCGGGCUGCUGCGCGGAGUCCUGCCGAACAGCCUGUGCUCCGUCCUGACGACCGGACACCGGCACACACCGAACCACGACAAGUACAGCUAUCCGGACAACAACGAGCAUGGCACGGAUAAGUCCUAUUCCAUUCACUACUAUCCGGAGCAGAGCCUGAAGAACCUGGAAGCGGAUCUGACCAAUCCGAACUACUACAAGGACCACGUGUACGACGAGAUCGGACUGAAGGAUUCGAUGGCCGACACCGAAUACGAUCAUCUGGACUACUCGCGCGCUGGGAGCUCCCAUAAGGCACACUACUUCCGUAUGCCCGACGAGGGCGCCGUCGGUGGUUCGCCCCUGGUGCCCAACGGAAACAUUGUGGCUGCCGGUGGCUCGACCGGUGGCCCACUGAUGACCCCCGGCGGAUCUCCGAAACCGAUCAACGUGAUCAACAAUCUUUCCGCACCGCGGUACAUGCAAACCGCGGCCAACCAAGCCGCCCCGUCGUCGUCGUCAUCGGCGGCAGCGGUGGUGACCGGCAACGAUCUCUCGUCAUCGUCCAACUCUUCGCCUACGCCACCGGAAUCACCACCACCGCUGCCGCACCACCAUCACCGUCGUGACCACGAGCACGAUCGCACGAGUGGCGGUUCCAGUAGUUCCACGUCGACGACGGCCACGCUCCACCUGGUGCCGGAAGUCGGCACCGACGAUGGUGGCAGUAUCUACGUGCCAAUGCUGGGCGGUGCCGGACAUGGCGCUGAGCCCGGCACCUCACCCAGCACGUCCUCUUCGUCGUCGUCGUCGGGUGGAGGAGGGACCAAGAUUCCCGACCAUCAGCUCAACAUCAAGGAAUGA